AUUUGUACAUCUAAUACAUCUUAGUUCUAGUUGCGCUCUUAUUUCUCUCAUAAUAAACUAUUGAAAAAAUGUUAGAAAUCUGGAAAAGUUGGUGUAGAUUUUGUGCUAAACAGGAUUCAAAUGAAGGAGAAGAAAGUUGUAAUAUGGAAUCACCUAACAAUAAAUUAGAAAUCUUCAACAAACUCUUUAUAACUCCGCUUACUCGACUUGAGGGUAUAAAACCAACAUUUUGCACCGAAUGUUCGGAUUUUGUUACAAAAUUAGAAUCAUUUCAUGAUCGCUGCCUGAAGGUUGAUCAAAUGUUUAAUGAAAUAUUCCAUAAUUGCACUUCUGAUGCUGAUCUUCAGUCUCUUAGAGUUAAAUACAGCAUUGACAGUAACAACGUUAAAAACCGCGUCAUUUUAACGACUACAGAAACUGAAAAGGAAACUGCGGAUGAUUGUUUACAUUCUGAUCAUGUCUCAGAUGCUUCAGAUGCAAUUGAUGAGGAAGAAAGUAUUUACGUUAAAAAAGAAGUUCAGGAAAAAGUAAAGAUAGUUCACAAAAAGCGUGGAAGACCUAGAGGGUCUCUUAAAAAAGCUCUAACGGAGGCAAAGACAAAACAUACAAGAGAAAUUAAAACAAGAUUGACUCGAAAAACUGAUGAAAAGGAUAAAAUAGUAUUCCAAAGGAGUCCUUCUGUAAAAAGAUCCCCUAAACGUGAUAAAACGAAACGGGAAACUCUCAUACGUGAUCGUGCUGAGCGCUAUAGGGGACCUAGGAGUGCCAGAGAACAACCAAGUGUAUGUCAAAUAUGCUCAAAAACUUACACCAGGAAAUAUAUGCUAACUCUUCACAUGCGUGAAAAACAUUCUACUGAAGAAUUGCCAUUUGCUUGCCAGUCAUGCCCAAAGCGUUUUGUUACAGCGCAAAAACUAAAGGUACACGAAGUAUCGCAUUUACCUAAAGAAGAAAAACUCAUUCAUCCUUGUCCACACUGUGAAAAACUCUACGGAAGUAUACAAAAUGUUGAAAUUCACAUAAGGGCUGUUCAUAAAAAUGAAAAGCCUUUCAUCUGUGAGGAAUGUGGGAAGUCAUUUGUGACGAAGGGAGCGCUGAAGGAGCAUCACAUCAGCCAUACCGAUGAACGAAGCUUCCAAUGUUCACAUUGCCCGAAAAAGUACAAAAGUUUACCACGCUUGAAAAUGCACGAAGACGUACACACGAGUACUCUGUAUGAAUGUCCAACGUGUGGUGUUAAACGCAACACAAAGCACAACCUCAAAAUGCACAUGCUGGUUCAUUCGGAAGAGAAGAAGUUCAAGUGCAAAUACUGCGGAAAUGAGUUCAAACGUAUUAAGUCCUUCAAGGAUCACCUCAUCAUCCAUACUGGUCAGCGACCAUAUGAGUGUCCAUUCUGCAGUAAAACCUUUGCAAAUGGAUCAAAUUGCAGGAAACACAAAAAGAUAGCUCAUCCUGCAGAAUUAGCUGCUCUUGAAGCUUCAGGUGAACCGACAAAAGUAACAAUACUUCCAAAAUUGGAAAUACUUCAAGCAAAGGAUUGUAAUUAAUAGUAGAGAAUAAAUUACACCAUGUAGAAAAUUCUA